GUCCGCUCCAGGUUCCUCUUUUGCGCGGCAGCUGCGCUCUGCUACUGCCGCCGCCGCCGCUCAGGGGGCGCUGGGCGGGCUCAACUAUUUCCUGUGGAAAUCCCAAACGCUCGGCUCCUCCUCCCCACGGCGCGUGUUUGUGGGCUGGGGGUGGGUGGGUGAGAGAGAGAGAGACUGGCUGAGGAGGAGCAGAGCAUCGCCUGCUGCCGCUUCAGCCGCUUGCGCCUGCCUCCGUCUUCCUCGUCGUCGUCGUCUUUUUCGCCAGCCUCCUUCGCGUUGCCUGCGGCCUCCCGGCGCUGCCAACCAUGCCCCAGCCGCAGCAGCAGCAGCAGCAGCAGAGGUGGUGGCGGCGGCGGCAGCGGCAUUCCUAGCCUGCUCGCGGAACCUACCUACGGACCGACCGACCUUCCCCUCUUUCCCCUGGGCGCGCGCUCCCUCCCCCGUCCUCCCCGGGCGGGAGAGAGAGGCUCCUGCGUUGCCUCUCCCAAUGGGCAGUUUGCUGAGCGGGGUCAGCUUCAAGGAGCCCACCACGGUGGAGGACUGCGACUCUACCUGGGAGACGGACUCCGAGCCCGAGCUCCAGGACUCCGGAGGGGAAGAAGGGACGCCGCUCGAGGGGCUGGGGGGCGGAGAAGAAGGAGGCGGCGGCGACCCAGCUGAGGACGAGCAGCAGCAGCAGCAGCAGCAGGGGGAACCGCUCCCUGCGGCAAGCUGCCGGCCGGAAGACGCCGAGCCCAGAGAAGGGGUUGCUGAGGAGCCUGAAGAAGAGGAGCUCGAGGAAGACGAGGACGACGAGGAAGAGGAAGAGGAGGAAGGCGAGGAUCAAGAGGGAGGGAGGCACGACGAAGCGGAGGCCGCCAGCAUCGAGCAGGUAACUCGGGACGCUGCAAACUUCUCCAGGGGGCUAUUUGGGGGGCGGUGUCUGGAGCCCUCCCCCCUCAGCGCCAUUGCCUCUGCCCCCCUGCCAGUGCUGGUGCCUCUCCAAGGUUGUGUGCCUCCCCUCCCUCUGUUCAGAGGCAGGUGUGCGCCAGAGUCUCGGAAUGCAGCAGCAGGGGACUUUUGGACACCAUGGUUGCAAACGCUUGGGGUGCGUGUGCGCGCGCGCGCUUGUGUGUGAGAGAGAGACAGAGAUAAAUAUACAUUUCUACUUUCAGCUUUCUCCAUUUCCCCUUUUUUCCUCCCCCCCCCCCCCGCAUGCAGUGUGACUCAGGAGCCAAGCUGUGGCUGCAUCAUCCUUGUUGUUGUUGUUGUUAUCAUCAUCAUAAUAUUCUUAGUAGGGUUAAACAAGAAGAAGCUAAAUAUGGAUUUGAGGUGUGUGGCAAUCAAAGGAAAGACGACCAAGGAAGCGAAGCACUCUGGCCUGGCAGGUUUGCUGUAUUUUGUUACCAGCUUGCUGAUCCAGCCUGAUUUUUGUUUUCCUUCCUGUGACAUGCGUAGCAAGGAGGAACGGUGGGGUGGGGUGGGGGAUUUACUGUAUUCAUUUUCCCUCAGGCAAGCUGUUGAGCAGAGCUUUAUAUCUUCUCUUUUAGAAAAAGAUUCUGGUGGCUUUAAAAUGUAGAAGGUCAAAGUAGUUCUAAUCUUCUCUGUUUCCUUGGUAUAAUCAUCCCCCCAUCACAUGCCUGCCUGUUCAGGGUAUAGAAAUUACAGUAGCACAUGUGGUGACAAAAUGCAGUUUCAGAACAGGGCUUAUUUGACAUUCUGGCUGAGUGUAACUACAGCUAUGAUUGCACGUAUUAGACAACACAUCACUGUGCAGGACCAAAAGAACUCAUAAACCCAAGAAAUAAGGAGAUUAUUCAAAGAAAAGAGAGUUACUUGCCUCCUCCUUAUUCAACUCUAGGCUAGAUCAUAUUCUCAGCUUUUUACUUUUUAAAAAAAAUACUCUUACCCUGAAUGCAACGUGGACUCUAUUUUCAAUCAUUACCUCCAUGGAAUUAUUUUCUGUCUCUUAACAAACAUUAAACUGAAGACCACUGUCCUUAUGUUUCCACCUCAUGCUUUCAUCUCUGUAGAGAAUUAUUAUUAUUGAAACUGUACCUCCACAUAUUAGCCUGGCUCAUGUGAUAAGUGGGGCACUUUUUAGGCAGUUUUGCCAUUCAGUAUUCCCAUAUGUAUAUUUGCACAGUACAAAAGGUAUGGAUCUGUGUUUUAUUUUCUGACUGCAUUCCAACAGGGAUCUUACAUCACAGUCCUAUGCACAUCUACUCAAAAGUAAAUCCUACUGAAAUCAAUGGUACAAACAGUGCUUUAUUUCCCUAGAAAAAUAGGUGCCGGUACUCACCAUGAAGUUGUUACAGUAAGUGCUACACUUUUUAACAGCAUAAAAAAAGUGCUGGUACUAUGUACCCUUGACUACCCCCUGGAAAAAAAAGCACUGGGUAAAGGGACUCCUGACCAUUAGGUCCAGUCGUAGCCGACUCUGGGGUUGCAGCGCUCAUCUCGCUUUAUUGGCCGAGGGAGCCGGCGUACAGCUUUCAGGUCAUGUGGCCAGCAUGACUAAGCCGCUUCUGGCGAACCAGCGCAGUGCACGGAAACGCCAUUUACCUUCCUGCUGCAGCGGUACCUAUUUAUCUACUUGCACUUUGACGUGCUUUCAAACUGCUAGGUUGGCAGGAGCAGGGACUGAGCAACAGGAGCUCACCCCCUUGCGGGGAUUCGAACAGCCGACCUUCUGAUUGGGAAGCCCAAGAGGCUCAGUGGUUUAACCCACAGCGCCAAAGUACAAACCGGUAAGCAUUAGUAGGUUUCUUUAAUAAACGUGGAAAUGUUGGAAGCAGUAUACAGUCUUCAAAAUAUAAUGUAGAGUCUGCAUUUGUUUUUGUGGCUUUUGCCAAGAAAAGAAGAGUGGUUUUUUCUUUGCUGCUUUGAUGUGGGUGAAGUAAAGUCCCCAUGCACUGCUGUUGCCAUUUGCCUUUUUUCAGUUGCAUAUUCCCCUUUACCAACACCAGUCCCAUUAGAGGUAAUGCACCUCCCCACCCCAGCAUUAUGAUAAAGGCUUUGAGUUUGAAUAGUCCAUCACUGGACACCUGUAAAAUGAAAAGUAAUGGAAACUAUCUAGGAUAAUUAAGGCUCUGUGGGACUUUGUAUUCCACUGUUCCUCAGAGUAAACCCAUUGAAAUGAAUGAACCUAGGUUAGUAUUAGUAAUUAAUUUCAAUAGGUUUACUCUGAGUAGAAGUUAGUUGAAUACAACCUGUUUGGCUCAUUCAGUCAAAAGUUACUUCUGACAAAUUUGCCACUCCUUCUCCCCCCCCCACACCCUGUUCCAGUAAAUGUCCUUUAUCCAUUCAUAAAGUAGUGGAAUUAUGUUGCUUGGAUCCAUAAGCAGUUCUUAAACAUGCAGCACAUUGACUAGAUGGGAUUGGGUCGGUGCAAGUUGUCAUUAGUCAGAGAUACUAAGUCAAGAAAAGUUAUUAACUCCAGAGAGGCUGUCUCUUACACAUAAGAAGAGGGGAUAAUCCUGUAACUUGAGUUCCAGGUUUUAUCCAAAUAUUUAAAAUGAACCAUGGAGCAAGUAAAAACAUUAGCCCAUAUCAAAUUCUGGUUGGUAACAAUGUGAAGAUGUAUUGUUCUCUUUUUUAAAAGUGUUUUGAAAGAUAGAAAAGAACACUAGUAGAAAGCAAAUAAUGGGUCAUUCUAGUGGCUGGGCAGAUACAACAAUGUUUCUGUUUUUCCUUGGUUAUAGGUUUGGCUACAAAUCCCCUAAAUCUAUGGAAAAAUAUAUUUAUUAUUUGAGUGGAGUUUGUUAAAUUAUAUCUUAUGUUAAGAUUUAACAUAUAACAAAACUGCGACUAAUGGAAUUAUCAAUGGUUGACACACUGAGGGUGCCUGUUAUUCUUUAAUGUGCAAUUUUAAGCCAAACACCAGCUAGAGUGCAAGUCUUAUUAUUCAGUAUAGGAAAUAACCAUAGAUUCUGAAAGUGGUGUACAUUUGCAUACUCUUUCUUAACCUUUCAUAAAUGGUUAUUUUGGCAAUUUGAAAUCUUAAUGCAAGGUUAUUUAAUAUUUUAAAAAUACUCACUCAGAAUGUUUUAUGGUCUGCAGUACUGAACUCAGAACACUUACAAACUAGACAGACUUGUACUUAUGCAGAUCUUGGUUCAGCAGUUCCUUGAAGUUUUCUGAAAGCUUGAAUAAUUUAUACUUGUAGGCAAAAAAAUAAAAUAAAAAUGUCACCAUUGCUCCAUAGUGUGUAUCAAGCCCUCCCUCCAAGAUUCUCUGUCUGAAAGGUGGGCAAAAUUAUGGCCAUUGUCACUGGUACCUUCCUUUAUCACAUUCUGGAAUCGGAAGUUCAGAUUUCUGAGGAAAGCCCUAAUCUGUUUAAGUCCUAAUGGUACCCUAUUUCUUUCGGGGGUCACUUCCAGCUGGCUAGCCACAUGUGCCAGACAACUUUUAGCAAGAAGAGUCAGUCUCUCAAGGUCGUGAGAAAAUAAACCUAUUUCUUUCUUCUUCUUUAUUUUAAACAGCAGGAACCAUUCAGUAGAAUGCAUGAAGGACAAUAUUCAGUAACCAGAAACCCAUCAUAAAAAAAACACUGAGUGUAACCCUAAUAGUACCAAUAAAUUGCUUUGGAAUAGGAAAUCACAUGCAUAUGUAUGUUUGAUGUAUAUUUGUGUGUGCACACAUGUGCAUGCAUGCAAAUGUUUAAACAGUUGAGGUAGUUUGAAAUUUCUGUAUUUUGUUUUCCAGUCCUUUGUCAUGUUGGCUUCUCCGCAUUAAUCUUUCAGAGUGAGGUUAAGAAACUGCUGAAGGUCACCCAGUGAGCUUCAUAGUUGAGUGACACGAAUUGGAAAUAGACUGAUCCAUCCAUAACUACAGCUUAACACAUAGCUGUUUCAUUUUCUACAGGAAAAAGUUGUAAGAAGUAGCAGCACCAAAAUUAAAGACAUGGCAGUUGCAUGUAUAGCAUAGCUUAAACAAAUAAUCCUUGAAAAUGAGAGCAGCCCAGUUACAAGUCAGAUACUAACUUUGAAUGUCCCCAAAGCAAUAGAAAUGAGGUCACUAUGCUGUGUGAAUAGGCCCUUGACUUGCUGCCAGACCUGUGAACAAGCUCCACAGGAAAACAAUGUGCUGCUGGCUGUGAUGAGAAAGCUUCCAUAUUGUCUAUCUGUACUGCUCAACUUAUUCACUUGUGGCAGUCGUGCCUGGAUACCGGUCAUCAAGCAAUGAGCAUGCAUGUGUGAACUAAUACGCAGUGUCAUUCACCUUCCAGCUGCAGCUCGGGGGGGGGGGACCUCCACCAAACUUCAGGAACAGCUUUUUGGGAAGGAAUGCAAGGAAAUGUGGGAGGGAGGGAAUUGAAAAGCAUCAGUGUGCACACAAAACAGCAUGUGUGGCCCUUUGGAAUGAAUGCAGCCCUUUUUUAUUUUUUUAAAAUGGAAUGCCACACUACCAAAUAUACAGUCAAGUCUAAAAAGAUUAUGCUCAUGGAAUAUGUCUGCUCUUUGCAGGGGGAUGAUGCAAUUGAAGUGGCAGCUAAACCAAAGAGAAGCUUUUACGCUGCAAGAGAUCUGUACAAAUAUCGGCACCAAUAUCCAGUAAGAGCAUUUUGCAGUAUUCAGAUCUUCACCAAGAUAGAGGCAUGGCAAAUUUUUUAAGUCCCUAAAGUAAUUUUACAGUUCCAGCGGAGUGUUUCAAAUCUAGAGAACUCCAUCACAUAAGUCUAUGAAAAUAUAUGCAGGUGGGUGGGUGACUAAUCCUAGAAACCCCAUGGCUGCCACUGUUGGCUGGUUCUACUAGAAGACAAGUAUGUUUGAUUUCAUAUACUGUACCUACUGGUAACAGAGACUUUUGCUAGACUAGGCAUAGGCAGACUCGGCCCUCCAGCUGUUUUGGGACUACAACUCUCAUCAUCCCUGACCACUGGUCCUGUUAGCUAGGGAUGAUGGGAGUUGUAGUCCCAAAACAUUUGGGACACAAUUUCCUAGGUUUUGUACCAGAAAAUAUUGUCUUGAUAGCACAUAUAUCUGCCUUUGCAAAUUAUUGCCACAAACACUCUCCUAUCAGGGCAUUCAAGAGAGAGCAUAACAAGCGCGGUUCUAUACAUGUCUACUCAGAAGUAUGUCCCACUGUGUUCAAUGGAACCUGCUCCCAAGAAAAGAUGGAAGCCAAAGGCCAUUCUGUAGGCAAAAACUUACCAAGAAAUGAACAGAAAUUCUCAUACAUCGAUAGAAUAAACUUUAGCACCAAUUACAUGAGAUGUGGGACCCUGAGAAGCUGAGCUAGAAAAAUGACAGGAAAACAAUGGGGAAAAUAUAAAGUCAGAUUGUAAAGCAUGUUAUAGCAUGUUUCGUGAAUUAACCCCUCUAAUGUGACAAUCCUAAAUACACUAACUUGAGAGUGUCAUUUAACUUGCUGGGAUGUACUUCUGCAAAAACUAACAGUGUACUCCUGUACAUGUCUACUCGGAAGUAAGUCAAACUGAGUUCAGAGGGGCUUACUCUCAGGUAGGUGGGUAUAGAAUUGCCACCCAAGUUGCUCACCAUAUAAUUGCCACACUACCCUUCCUUUAGACAGUAUUACCGUAGAUAUUUUAACUGUGUUAUAUUGUAGUUCAAUUUUUGUUGAUUAGCAAAGACUUGAAAGCUUAUCUUUCUAUAUGGAAUAGUUUUACUCUGUCAUAUAUGCUAUUAUAUAAUCAAUUCAUGAACCUGAAUUAUUAGUGUCUCUCAUCCACCUCCUCUUGACCUGCUGAUUUCUCUUGACUAAGGUGUUACCUGCCCUUAGCUUAAGGGAAAGAUUACACAUUACAUGUAAUUCCAGGGCUGGUUUCCUACAAGUUUUUAAGGAAAGCGGCACGGGUGACUUCAAGUUGCACAGUGGAUGGGGCAGGAAGAGUUGCUGGGGACAGAUCUUUAACAGACAGAUGGCUGGCAAAGAAGGGAUUAAACUAGAGUUAACCAAUGUGGUGCCCUAUAGAUGUUGUUAGACUACAACUCACAUCAUUCCUGACAAGUACCCAAGCUGGCUGCAGCUGAUGGAACUUGUAGUCCAAAACAUCUGAAGGGCGCCACAUUGGAUACCCCUGAACAGCUAACCAAUCCUUCUCCCCACCCCCACAGGCCAUCCAUCCCCUUUGCCCAAGCUGAAACCACUUAUGGCUACUCUGCAUUGAAUAAAAACCUGUUUUCCCAAUCAUAGAAUAUAGGGACAUUUGCCCCGCCACCAAGAUCUGGCUUGACUUUCAUUUGGUCAGAUUCUUAUCUGUCCUACUGAUGACGGCUUAUCUUCAGCCUAUUUCCUAUAGAUAUAUUUGGCUGAUCAUGCUUUGUGGUUUUCCCCCUAUCUCUCUGCUCAGCAGAACUUUAAAGAUCUGCGGUAUCAGAAUGAUUUGUGCAACCUCCGUUUUUACAAGAAUAAAAUUCCCUUUAAACCUGAUGGUAAGUAAUCCAUGGGCAUUGUCACAGUGUUUGUUUCAUUCUUUUAUAUCCAAGGCCUUUGUAAAUCAAAAGAUCAAAACCAAUUCAUUGUCAGGUUUGGCUUCAGCAGUUUUGUAGCCCUAUCCUAUGCAUGUUUACUUGGAAAUAAGGCAUACUGAGAUCAGUGAGGCAUUUCCCCAGGAAAGUUUGCAUGUGAUGGCAUUUUAAGGCAUGGGAUUUCAUUUUGGUCAAUUAACAGAAGCUCAUCUUUGUGAAGUUCAAAUAUACUACCUCUAACCUGUUUGUGAGCUGCAGCAGCCUGAUUUUGGUUUUCAGCUCCAACCUCAAAUGGUGCAAAAUUUCCACUACGUUUGGUUUACUCCAAGAAAAGCAGAUCUCUUGUGGGUUUCCUAUUAAUCUGGAUCAUGAUGCCUUGAAAUUUCCAAUUUAUUAAGCAUAACUUGAAAAGCUCUGGAUAAAUUAUUAGAGGCAUUACCAUUGUGCUCUUCAAGUGAAACAAACCCCCCAGGUUAUGUUAUAUAUGUUGGUGCCAGAUUAAUAAAACCAGUAUUUCUUUGGUGCAUUUGAACUUUGGUGUUAUUGUGUUGCACUAUUGUGAACAGACUAUGUAUUUUUUAGGAACCUUGGCUACUGGGUUAAGUGGAUCAUGUCCAUAGCAGUGUGCAUUGGUUUUACUUAAGAGUUAGCAAUUUAUAGAAUAUUGCCAUUCCCCACCACCACCACAUUUGUUUGGGGAAGUAGUUUUAAGUCAAGUCACAAGGUUGGUGGGGAGUGGGCUGAGCCACACUACUUAUAGCAUGGCUGGCUGUUGUGAUGGGGAGAGCAAAUUGCUCUUGGCAGACAGAUAAUUUGUAUGAAUAACAUUGCGGCACUGAGCAUAGGUCAAAAAACAUAGGCUGGCCUUAGCAGCUAGCCCAAACAGUUCCUUGCCAUGGCAUUUACCAACUUCCUCUGAGGGAAUGGGCAGGAUGUUCUAACAUUAUGCUGAACUUGAAAUAAAGAACUGCAGAGGUGAGCGCCUCUCUUUUUCCAGAGUUGAGGAGGUCAGACAUUCAUUCCCAUUGUGCUAAACCUCAGCAUUAAGGACAGCUCCGACCUUUCUCAUUACAGAGCCCUCACACUCCUCCAGCAAAGGAAGGAAGAGCAAAGGGUUGCCUUGUUGAUGUGCUCAUGUCAAAGCAAAAUAUGUACUCCCCAGUAACAAGCUGGCAAGUGCAUUUGUAGAUCCUUGGCUCUAUAUAGUGCCUGGUGUCUUCUCUGUGGUUAGAAGGACAAUGUUAAUAUUUUCAAGUAGAGACAAUAUAUUUGUCUACAAAAUACAUUUUUGUGUUCUAUGCCACAGCAUUUUUAGAUGCAUGAUACAUAUACAGGUUGUUAAAUUUGAUGUUUGCAUUUGCUCAUGCAUUUGUAUUUAUAGGUGUUUAUAUUGAAGAAGUCCUAAAUAAGUGGAAAGGAGAUUAUGAAAAGUUGGAACACAAUCACACUUACAUACAGUGGUUGGUAAUUGUUUUCUUUUCAUUGCUUUUAUAAUACAUUUAUAUAAAUUUGUCUAAACUUGCUUAAUCCGCAACAAAUCUCUGUGUCUUUAAUAAUAUAGGCUUUUUCCAUUAAGAGAGCAAGGACUGAAUUUCUAUGCAAAGGAAUUAACAACAUAUGAAAUUGAGGUAAAGCUAAUAAUUCACAAUAUAACUUUGCUGCUUGAUGAUUAAGGGUAAACUUAUUCUAUAUCUCUAAUUUUGUUGUUGUUUGUACCUUCUUUUUGAAAACGUGUUGCAGGAAUUCAAAAAAACAAAAGAAGCAAUUAGAAGAUUCCUGUUGGCUUACAAAAUGAUGCUGGAGUUUUUUGGAAUAAAAUUAAUUGAUAAAACUGGAAAUGUUGCACGAGCAUCUAAUUGGCAAGAACGAUUCCAGCACUUAAAUGAGUAAGUAAUGUCUUGCAGUAGAGAAAAUCCUCUAUUUGCGCUACUCCCCACUUUAUUUAUUUGCAACAUUUUAUAUCCUGCUCUUUGUUGCCAAGCUGUUCCAGGGUGGGUUGCAGCAAUAAAAAAUACAUCAUAAAUGCACCAUAAAGUCUUAACAUCAUUCAGUCUUCUAACAAGAAUGACAAUAUACAAUUCCCAUCUCUUUGCAAGAGAAACCAGGUGGUUCUGAAUUACAUCCACCUCCACCGCAAAAGGCUGGGAGAAAGAGGAAGGCACAUGUGGCAAUCAAGAUUCUCCAACCCCCAGAUGUCAAUAUAAGGGCAUAACAUUUGAACAGCACUUGCAUAAAAGUGCGGUUGAUUUCCAGGUUGUAAGUGCACAUAUGCGGUGCAUUGAGAUUUUACGUGAUCUCAAAGGCAGAACAGGCUCAGCUGGUCAGAAGGAGGUAUAUGGUUUUCUCCACCAUACAUAGGGAUGAGAUUCGGUUCCAUGCUGCCUUUCUUCCUUAGAGAAGCAUGAAUUCUUUGUCAAGAGUUUUUGCAUCUGUGUGUCUAUCAGCAACUGUUUCUGUUUGCGUAUGUCUUUAGCUGUGUCAGUGAAUACUGAUUUCAUUUAUUUACUUAUUUCAUAAAUUUUAUACACCACUUAAUUGUAAAAAAAACCAAACCCACCUCAUAGCUGUAGUCAUCAGGUGGCGCCCAAGUAGUAUCUCUACUCUCAUGUUGUUGUUUAGUCGUGUCCGACUCUUCGUGACCCCAUGGACCAGAGCACGCCAGGCACUCCUGUCUUCCACUGCCUCCCGCAGUUUGGUCAAACUCAUGCUGGUAGCUUCAAGAACAGUGUCCAACCAUCUCAUCCUCUGUCGUCCCCUUUUCCUUGUGCCCUCAAUCUUUCCCAACAUCAGAAUACUAGUUGCUGGAAAUUGCAGAUGAGCAGAAUGCUGUUGUGCUUGCAGGCUUCCCAUGGUCCACUGGCCUGAUCUAGCAUAUUUAUCUUCCUUUUUAUGUUCUUAUGUAGUAUGAAAAGGCAAUUCUAGUUUAGCUGGCAUUGAAAGACCUUUCACUUGGUAGUUGCCAUUCCAUCUGAAUUGUCUCUGAAAGAUCCACAUUGGAUUGGUAAUCCUUUUUGUCAAGGUGUCAGGUGCUGAUUAUUUUUCCUAUCCUCUUCCCCCCACGCCCCAUCCCGCGGCAAAGAAAAAUAAUGCCCCACUUUGCUUCCUGUCAUUUUGAAUUCAGAUGAUUUUCCCCCCUUUUUGCAGGUCCCAGCAUAACUACUUGAGGAUCACCCGUAUUCUGAAGAGUCUUGGCGAACUUGGGUACGAGAGUUUCAAACCUCCUCUUGUAAAAUUCAUUCUUCACGAAGCUCUCGUGGAAGACACCAUCUCCAACAUUAAGCAAAGCGCUUUGGAAUAUUUUGUAUAUACUAUUAGAGACCGGAGAGAGAGGAGGAAACUCCUGCGGUUUGCCCAGCAGCACUACACACCCUCUGACCACUUCAUAUGGGGGCCGCCGAGGAAGCAGAAGUUGGAAGGAAGCAAGCCAAGUAAAAAGCUGGCAUCGCCGGUUUCUCUCCGCAGCGGUUACGUUUCUAAACACAAAAGUGGGAGAGAAUGCAAGAAUGUGCCCGUGGUUUGUAACUCAAGUGGCAAAGCAACCAAUGAAAAAAGGGCAGAACAUGCUAAAAAGGAUGACGAUUGUGACCAGAACAGGAAACACGCCAGCCCUGAGGUUGUUAAGCAAAGCAUUGGUGAAAAGAAUAGCAAUGCUGAUUGUCAGAACUCCAUACUGGAAGAAAUUGCUAAUCCUUCGAACCAGAAGGAGAACGUUUGCCAUCUUAAAAAACAUAAAGGCAAAAAUGAUGAAAACCUUAAUCAAGACUGCAGAAAUGCAGAACUGGUAGAAAAAGAUUGUCGUGACUGUAAAAGCGAUUCAACUAAUAUAUCAACAGAUCUGCAAGACAGUGUAGUUAAGGAUAAAAACCCAGGAGGAUCGAACAAAGAGGAGACUCGAGCAUAGACUAAAGUGUCUCAGUUAACUUGUAUGAAAUUGGACAAGGAAAAGAAGAUCUUGAUGCAGGGCCCAGUGCUUUUGGCCACCAAGGGGUUAUGCUCUCUUUCAUUUGACUCUUGUUAACUGUUUGCACUUUUCAGAACUGUGUAUUAAGCUUAAAAACAACUGCAGAAUCCUCAAGCCUAAGAACUCCUAUGCUAAGCAUUGCUCUCUUUGUGGAAACUAUUGAUUUCAGUUAUCCUCCCCCCCCCCCAAUCUUAUUCUAAUAUACAUUUUUUUAAUCUUAGUUAUUUGGCAGCUAGGGUUCCAAGGACGUCCAAGGAAUGUUUUCUUAAUGAUAAUCACUUGGUAUGCUGAACUUUGCAAUGUUUGCCAUUGCUUGAACAACAAAAGCAGGUUCAUUUAGGCUGUAUAUUCAGCAUCACCACCAUCUGGACAUAGAAACUAAACCUCAGAGAUCCAGGUUCAAGUCCUACAUCUCCCAUGACUCUCACAUUGACAGCAACCGUGUGCCGCUGUGGGUUAAACCACAGAGCCUAGGGCUUGCCGAUCAGAAGGUUGGUGGCUCGAAUCCCUGUGACAGGGUGAGCUCCCGUUGCUCGGUCCCUACUCCUGCCAACCUAGCAGUUCAAAAGCACGUCAAAGUGCAAGUAGAUAAAUAGGUACCGCUGCAGCAGGAAGGUAAACGGCGUUUCUGUGCGCUGCUCUGGUUCGCCAGAAGCAGCUUAGUCAUGCUGGCCACAUGACCUGGAAGCUGUACGCCAGCUCCCUCGGCCAAUAAAGCGAAAUGAGCGCCGCAACCUCGGAGUUGUCUGUGACUGGACCUAAUGGUCCCUUUACCUUUACCUAUGUUCUCUCGGCCUCAGUUCCGCCACUGAGGGUGUAUACUUCUCAAGUGUUAUUUGCUGAGAAGACGAAAAAAGCUAGCAAAUCACCUUUUACAUUAAAAACAACUAUUAGUAAGAUUUGCACACCAGCACCCCUUGUUCCAAAAUACUCAUAUAUAGUUUAUGAAGGCAUCUUCCCUUGGUGCCUCCUCUCUCCCUUCCUUCCUCCCAUGCAGCUGCACAAGUCUAAAAAUCAGGACACAGCAUUUUGCCAAUGUUUAUUUUGCCUGAGAGACCCACUUCUGCUGAUAAAGGAGUAUAAGGUCAGAAAAGGCUUAAGCACUGCCGAGACAAAGUUGAUGACUGCCCACUCAGCUUCUAAAGCAGAAGCAAUAUUUUGAGAUUGACCUUUUCUUCCUUGAAAUUCUGGUGGGAUUUGAAAGUCCUCUGUGCAAAAGGGGAGAUAGCAGCAUUCUUUUCUUUGUUCUUCCCCAAGUUUCCAAAAAAUUCAUGCCUACAUCCUCACUUCUAGCUACUAGGGGUAUGCAGGGAACAUCCAGGGAAGAAAAAAUUCUUUAUCGUGCACCUGAUCCAGGUAACUCUUUACCUGCUUCUAUGCACAUGCUUGCUUAUUCUCCUCUCCCCAGAAAACUUAAGAUUUCUUCCAUGGGAAGUGAGGGAGAACUUUGAAGCAGGAUGGAUUAAGAAGACACUGCCAGAACCAAGGAAUAUGCUUCUUCAACACACACAGCCUGUUCUAGUAAGGGUUAGUCCAUACAAAAGACCAAACUUCUCUUUCACCCCAGAUAGCUUGGACAUCUUUUACCAAAUAGUAAAGAGUAUUUUAUAGAAUGAUGGUUGAAGGUGUGUGCUAAAAUUGUUGUCUGCGCAGCUUCUCGACCUCCUCAGUGGGUACCAAAAGCCUGUUUUGAAGGAGGGGCUCAUAAUUGUAAGGGCUUCAUUUCCUCCUUUGUUAUCUUAAACCAGAGCCUUGAUGAAUCCAGAGUGAAAAGUGCGCUCACAAAUAGCUUUCCAGUGCAUUUAAGGCAAACCUUUCCACAUCUCAGUCCAGUUGGAAAGACAUUGACGAGAGAGGGCUUUUGUUUUUUAGAUUUAUAUUCUACCCUUCAAAUGCCUUUUCAGUUGUUCUAACCAGGUAAGAAGUAGCUUCUUCAGAGCUUUCAUGCCUCUGUGCUGGGAGACACUGGCACAGCCUUCCCCAUACUGGUUCCUUCCAGAUGUUUGGGACAGCUACUAUUAGCAUCAGCACAGCUUGCUGACUAGGACUGAUGGGAGUUGUAGUUCAAAACAUCUGAAGGGCACCAGCUUGGGGAAGGCUGCACUAGCAUAUCUUUGCAGGCCUCCCCCCUCCAAAUGUGUGUUUAUACAGAAACAAAAUAUGAGCAGUACCUUUUGGUUUUAGACCUCCCUCUUACCUGUAUUAAUCUUACAAAUGUUUCAGUGACGGCUGUUUCAGUGGUACUACUGCAGACUUGGAAAUGGGGAUAGGACUUGUACUGGAGUGUUGGUGCCGAUGCCAGAUUUUCUUUCAAAGCCGGUAGCUUCCCAUCCACAAAGAGUAUAGCUAUGAGUUUAUUACGGUUUAUCCUGUAAAAAGUGUGUAUACAAUUCCAGUUUUGUCCUUGGAUUUACUAUUCAGCAGAUGCCUCCUGGCAUACGGAAUGAGGGUGAAACUGGCACCAAUUCUGUGAUGUUGGAGACUGUUAUUUGAGGAGGUAUUCAUGAAAUGUGUACCACACCAAGCACCCUUUCUGCAACCCCCUUUGAAAUUAAAAACAACAACACCCUCUUAUUUAAAUGUUCUUAGUGUUCCUUCCUGAUGCAGGAUUCUCUAUGUAUAAAAUAGCAUCCCUGACACAUCUUAUCCACCCUUCAGGUUAAUCCUGCGUGAGGUAGUGACUUGCAAAAGAACAAGUGAGCCCAUGCUAGAGAUACCAGUGCACAGAAGAUAUUAUUCAAUAAAGCAGAUAUAUAAGGUUUAGCCAGGAAGUGAUGCAAUCCUAUAUUCGACCUGUGCCAAGACCAUUUCAUCCGGUUGCUUGUUUGUUUCCAGACUUUACCUAUUUGUUUCCAAGAUUUUUCUUAAAUCUUUCAAGUUCUAUGUGGCCAUAUACUUGUUAUCUUCUCCUGUUUUGUACACACACACCAGGCAAGAUUAGAUGAGUGCAACCGGCACUGCUCAUGGUUCUAGCACUGCAACAGAUGGGAUCGGGCCCUUUUAUAAUAAUAGGUGUAAACUUUCGGACCUCUUCUCUGAGUAUGUUAGAAAAUCGCCAUCUUUCAUUGGGUGUGUUUUUUUUUCUCUUCAAAACGAAACAGGGUAAAUCCAUUUUUCACCAUUGAGCGUUUGGAUGGUUUUAUUUUAUUGGCUAGGUCUGGAGGUUGGGGUGGGGGUUGGGAGUGCAAACUGUUUCCAAUUGAUAUUUAAGUGGCUUUAUUAUUCUGUUGCUUGUUUGCUGUAAACUGCUUUGAUAUUAUAGAGAAGCAAUCUACAAAUGUUUUAAAUGAAACAUGCAAGAGAACCGUGUUUUGUUUAUAUCAAAUUUGCAUUAAUUGGCUUGAGAGCAAAGAAUUCUACACACCAAGAUGUGUAGCAGUACAACAGGGGGGCUGGUUCGCCUGUUGUUGCAGUGCCAACAGCAAGAUCCAGCUGCGCUGUAUAAAAACAGGAAGUGCUUCUGCGUGUCCAUUAUGUGGAGCAGCCCUUGCACCUCAUGAGGUCCCACUCUGCUGGGCCAUUGGACCCUUGUGGGAGGAGUCAGAUAUCAGGAAACCCAGCAAAGAAUAGUACUCUACAAGGUGCAAGGGCUGCUGCAUACCUAGCCACAAAAAAGAACUAAAGAGUCUACAAAUGAGAUUCAAAGAGCCUUGUGGACCCUCCCCGACCCCACCAUGAUGCACUGGGGCUUUUCAAUUUCUCCCUGGUGACUAUGUGCACACCCAAGUUUCAGUUAUUUAUUUUUUUGUCUGAUGCUUCAGUAUAUAAAUCCUCCCCUGGACCCUUCAGUAUGUAAUGAAUUACCUUAGGACAAAGUGUGUUUAUCUUCAUACCUUUUCUUUAAAAAACAAAACCUUAUGGUAUUUGUAAGCAUUAUAUGCUGCUGUUUUAGUGGGAAAUGUGUUCUGUUCACAUGGUAGAAGUAGGUGGAAUGUUUUAUUUAUUUUUAGUCCAAGAAGUGCUUUAAUUUGUAAUUCUCAUAUUGUGUGUGUAAAUAAAACUGUUUCACAACUUUAGGAAUGCUGCUGCUGCUUCUUCUUCUAUAGAUUUUUUUUACUCCUGCAUCACAGAGCACACCCAAAUCGGCAAACAUACUCAAUACAUUUGCAACAUUUUGGGCAGUGUUCCUAAUCAUAUAAGAGAGCAAGCCCCAUUGAACACAGGGGUAGCAGUGUAAAUUGGAGUACAGAUACAGAUGAGACUGCUGUUAAUAGUAAGGAAUGCAGGCUGUAGGAAGUAACGCAUGUACCAUCCUUAGGUAGCUCAAAGACUCUUAAUUUUGCAAACUAGUAAAAUCCAAUGUUGUUCAUGUUGAACAUAAUUUAAAACGGCUAUGUAACUAAUAUUCUGCUUGUUUUUCUAAUUGAAUUUUUACUUUUCUGUACUUUGAUUUGUUGGGC